AGCUUACGGCCGACAAACCACUCUUCUCUAUCAGUAUGCCCUUGAAUAGAUGAGGCUGUGCAAAGUCCUUUGCUCUUAAAUGUAUUGCUGUCAUUGAGAAUAUUUGGAGGUUUUCUCUUGGGUUUGUUUGGAUUUUUUUUUUCAGCUUUUGUCUGAAUUUUGGUUUUAUUUUUCUGGGGAAGAGAAAAUGGCUUUCCUUAUGAAAAGUAUGAUAAGUAACCAGGUAAAGAAUUUAGGAUUUGGUGGUGGGUCUGAAGAAAAUAAAGAAGAAGGAGGUGCAUCUGAUCCUGCAGCAGCUCAAGGGAUGACUAGAGAGGAGUAUGAGGAGUAUCAAAAGCAAAUGAUUGAGGAGAAGAUGGAAAGAGAUGCUGCAUUUACACAGAAAAAGGCAGAAAGGGCAUGCCUCAGAGUUCAUCUCAGAGAAAAAUAUAGGCUCCCAAAGAGUGAAAUGGAUGAGAAUCAAAUCCAGAUGGCUGGAGAUGAUGUGGAUUUACCUGAAGAUCUCCGGAAAAUGGUAGAUGAAGAUCAAGAAGAGGAAGAAGAUAAAGAUUCUAUUCUUGGGCAGAUACAGAAUCUCCAGAACAUGGACUUGGAUACCAUAAAAGAAAAAGCCCAGGCCACCUUCACUGAAAUCAAGCAGACAGCGGAGCAGAAGUGUUCCGUGAUGUGAGGGGUGGGAGGGGUGGAGGGAGGGAACCAGCCAUCCUUGGAAAAGACCACUCUCCUGUGGGACGUUUCAAGCAGUACAUGUUUUAAUGUAGUGAACACAUUUAGGAAAACCAUGGUGAUCUAUUGACAGACAAUAACUUGGUUGUUCUAAAUAUUCCUGGCAGAGCAUUUAGCUAGCACCUUGCAGCAGGAACCAUACUUUCCUCGUAGUUAUAAAUGAGAUAAACUGGAAAUUUCAGUUGUAAAUGAUGAUGCAGAACACAUAUCUGCUUAAAGACCUUGAGAUGAGCCAGGAAGAAACGAAAGCAAGUGGCAUUUCCUCUCCAACUUUCUUCCUUGGAUGCCAAGUUCUCACCCUGUCCAACUAUUCGCAGGACACCAGGUCCCUUCAGAGAGAGAUGUGGAGAGUCAAGGUGUCCACUGGGAGCCGGGUUUCCCACAGGGAGCUGAGUCUACAGACUCCAGGGCAAUCAAAGGUCACCACCCCAACCCCUCACCUCCAGGAUCCUUGAAUUUGUCGAUGAUACUCAUCAAGUUUGGUCCUUGGAUGCUUCUCAGCUGAGUGGCAGUAGCAGGGAUGUGGUGAACAAUGAGAAAUUGAGGCAGGGAAUAGACCUCACCAGCCCUUUGCAAUGGAGAUCAUCAUUCUAGUGGCCAUGUGAAGAAUGGAACCAAGGGAGGCACAAUUAGAGGCAGAGGGAAACCAGGCAGACGGCUGCUCUUUUUGAGUUGAGCUUGACUCUCCUUGUCUGAACUUGGUGAUAGCAAUGGGAACAAAGUGAGUAGACUAACAGAGAGCGUUAAGAAGUUAAAUCAAUCUCUCUCUGUCUCUCUCUGUCUCCUCCCAACCUCUCUCUCUCUCUCAUCCCCUUCUCUCCCUAUCUCUCUUUUUUUUUUUCUUCUCCUGUCCCUUCCCAUCCCACCCCUUUAGACUACCUUCCAGUAAAUCACACUGUCAUUUGGUGCCACAGGCUUUCAGGGUAGGCCCUGAUUUUUUUUUUCCCCGAAUAUCUGCUCUCUUUCAAAAGGGAUAAUUCAAAAGACUUAAGACAAUUACCACUGAAACACUUCGAGCUAUUUAGCUAAAGCCCACCAAACCAAAACAAAAUACUGAUUUUUUUUUCUUUUUUUGGUGACUCUGUCCAUACAGUGAAUAAAGAUCUAUCAAAGGAAAAGGAAACUGAGACCAAAAACUUAGGGUCUAAGUUGUUCUAAACCCAGAGUUCUCAAAUGUGUUGUACAAGAAGUUUCAUGUAAUAAAAAUAUGCAAAUAAAACAAAUGAAUAGAGGUCCAAAA